CUAUACCUUAUAGAUCAGACACUAACAAAAUAUUAAGUCUAGAUUCUGUAGCAAUGUCACAUCAAAGUUCGUUAGUAAAAUUAAGUGAGAUAUUCGCUCCAGCAAUAGGAACUGAAGGGUUGAUAAUGAUAGAGA